CAGCAAUCACAACUUAAUGCUGUAUAUUAUAAAAAAUAUCUUGAAUGGAUACCUUUUGAAAAAUUUCAAAAUAUCACUUAUAUUGCGGAAGGUGGUUUUGGUAAGAUUUAUUCAGCCGAAUGGCCUGAAGGAUAUAUUUAUUAUUGGGAUAUUGAAAAUCAAAAAUGG